CCAGCACUAACAACAUUAUCUCGAGUAUUAAAUUCAGUAAGAGUGAUAUUAGAGUGUCAUGUUUUAAUUUGAGGAUCGUUAAUUUAAGCGAUAAGCCAGAAGUAUUAAAAAAAAUAAUCGGUGAUUAGAAUGUUAGUCAUCACACGAAACAAUAGUCGAGGUUAAAAAUUCAUCAGAUUGGAAUACACGUCAGCCAAUCGUUUCUUAGUACAAUUGUAAAAUCGUUAUUCGCCAUAUCGGGUACCAAGGAACCUCUCAUCAUACUUACCAACUACUACCAUACUAUGAAAGAAUAAUAGAAACAUGGAACGUGCUACUCGAAACUAAUCGUUUAUUAUUCUAAUUAUAACUAACCUUGCCGAGAUAUUUAAAACAAGAUAUUUCACCAGCCGGAUUAUUCAACAAGAUGCGACCGAUCGACUUUAUUGUUUUUCUUCUCUUCUUUGUCUGGAGUGUCACGUCUCAAGAAGUUUCCAACAAUGGAUCCCAAAAGUACGACCCGAAUUCACUGGAAAUGAACAAGAAGCUAAUGAAGACUUUCCUGAGGCUCUUUUACCAGGCCGCUAACCGAGUUAUGGCUUUGAAAAAUAAACCUAGCAAUCAUAUUGAUGCUGAUGUCCAAAAUAUUUCUAUUUCCGACAUCUUGAAGUCGCAGAACUCGGACAUUCAAAGCCGAUUUUUCUUCCCAUCAGAAUCUAGAGGCUUUUUCGACAACCUGAACCCAGUCAACGCGAUAAGUAUAAUGUCGAAAAGCGCGACAGGGGGCGUCGUUGAUCCCAAGGACCUGGCGCCCAAUUUGGGGCAAACUCUGAUUGAGAUCGGGAACAAAGCUCUCGACGGGAUGAAUUCUACGGUUAGAAUUGUUUCUGACUCUGCUGGAGCUCUUGGAGGACAUAGCACAGAAUCUGGAGCCAGAAUAGAAGAAGCUGGCAAGGAAUCAAACGUUUCGACUCCUUUUUUGAGAUUCAUGGGUGACUUGGACAACUCUACCAGCACAAAUGUGACCAACGCUUCUUCCAACAGCACUAACUCUACCGAUAAAGCAGAAGCGAGAGUGAAUCUUAACCCAGACCCUGUUUCAUCGACAGUCGAGCCGGGAAACGCUACGAAAGCUCCCGAAAUCACCAAAAGAGAAGCAUCGGUACUGACUUUGAAUAACCCGAGUAAUAAUUUAAAUGGAAAAUUUCCGAGCUCUAAAAUUACAGAUCCUGCCUCAGUCGAUAAGGGAGUGGCUGCCGAGCCUGUCAGGGUGAUAAGAUCCCCGUCCAGCGAUGAGAACGAUGAUAUCUUUGACUUUCCUGAGGAUAACGACAUCAAAGAUGUGCAGCCGAUUAUUUCUAACAUGAAACUCGGGGAAAUAGUCGAUAAAUUUAGUUAUUUAUAAUUAUUAUUACUAUUAAUUAAAUAAACUAGUGAUUUUUAAUUGUUCAAUAUUUUUAGUCACUUAAAUUAGUAAUUGUUUUAUUUAAUACCUUUUUUAAUCACAAGCCCGUUUGUAAUAAUUGUUAACCUUGAUAACAAAUACAAUAAAGCAAUAAAAGCUUAUCUUGACCAAUAAAAUGAAUAUUAAUUCGCUUAUUAAAAACGGCACUCAAUGUCAAGUACUAAGUUUUAAUUAUUUUAAAUCGAGUGUUGCGAAAGCGAUUUAAUUCACCGAAAAUCAAUACUUGUUUUGUGAUAGUUAUAAAUAUAAACUAAGAAAAAAUUAUAUCUUAAUAGGCGAGGAUAAUUAACAUUUUCUGGUCAUAAGUCGGGUAUCAAGGCGAAAAUUUAAGCAAUCUGUUGCAGACAUGGCGGUUGUAUACAUAACUAUUCUUCUGAUAGCCUUCAUUGAUAGCUCUGUGGGAUUUCACCACAACAAUGAUCUUGAAGAAAAAUUGAUGGAACAAGAGAAGACUAUACAAACAUUGCUGCGGCUUUUACAGCAGCCUUGUUACUUGAUAAAUCCACGUCAAACGCAUCAACACCUACCGGGUUCUAUAUUGGCAAUGACUAUUCAUCAGAAGAUUGCUGAUGCAAGAAGAAGAAGAAAUAAAUAUAACUCCUGGAGAAGAAAUCCUAUCUUUCGCUUUGGAAGUGACAGGAAGACUGGAAAAUCUAGCGAUUCUAAAUCUAUUGAGUUGGUUAAGGAAUUCUCUGAUCCAGAGUUUGAUAACGAUUUUUAUCGAGCUUUGUCCAAAGUUUUGAGGAUGGAAAUCAACAGGCGCCCCGAAUUGAAGAAAGUUAUUGGAAAUGAUAUCAAGAAGAUAAAUAUUGGAGAUUCUGAGAUUUGAUUUUUUUCUUUGUUUAAUUCAGUUUUUUUUAUGUUAGUUGUAUAA